CCUUAUAAUUUUCCUUUUACACUCUAGCAACUCGCUUGACUCAGAUUUGACUUAGUAAAGGAGAUUGUGUUUUUUCUCUCUCCAAAUUUCCUUCUUAAAGAAUGGGUAACUGUAACAGUCAACCAUCCGCCGAUAGCCAGUUCCGACCAGAGACCAACACCGGCGGUGGUCCCAACCAUGGCAUCAAUGUCCUACCUGCUGACGCAUCGGCUCCAAGACCCCCCAAACCUUCAACCCACCACAACUUGUCCUCCUCCUCCGCCGCCCCCAACCACCACACUGCUCCAUCCGCUACUCCACCGAUCGGUCGUGUGCUUGGCCGUCCCAUGGAAGACGUCCGGUCAACUUACGUCUUCGGCCGCGAGCUCGGUCGUGGGCAGUUUGGUGUUACCUACUUAGUGACUCACAAAGAAACCAAUCAGCAAUUCGCUUGUAAAUCCAUCGCCACCCGUAAGCUUAUCAACCGUGAUGACAUCGAAGACGUCCGCCGAGAAGUCCAGAUUAUGUACCAUCUAACCGGCCACAGGAAUAUUGUGGAGCUGAAGGGGGCUUAUGAGGAUCGUCACUCCGUGAAUCUGAUAAUGGAAUUGUGUGCGGGAGGUGAGUUGUUUGACCGGAUUAUAGCGAAAGGCCAUUAUUCAGAGAGGGAGGCGGCUAAUUUGUGCCGGCAGAUCGUGACGGUGGUUCAUAAUUGUCAUUCCAUGGGGGUUAUGCAUAGGGACUUGAAGCCUGAGAAUUUCUUGUUACUGAGUAAGGACGAGGAUUCUCCAUUGAAGGCUACAGAUUUUGGGCUCUCUGUAUUUUUCAAGCCAGGAGAUAUUUUUAAGGAUCUGGUCGGAAGUGCUUAUUAUGUAGCUCCAGAAGUAUUGCGGCGACGCUAUGGACAUGAAGCUGAUAUUUGGAGUGCUGGGGUGAUUCUCUACAUUCUCCUCAGUGGAGUCCCACCAUUCUAUGGAGAAACUGAACAGAGUAUCUUUGAUUCUAUUCUUCGGGGAAAUAUUGAUUUCGCAUCAGAUCCAUGGCCCUUUGUUUCCAACAGUGCCAAAGAUCUUGUGAGGAAGAUGCUACGACAUGAUCCUAAGGAUCGGCUUUCUGCAGUUGAAGUCUUAAAUCAUCCAUGGAUACGUGAAGAUGGUGAUGCAUCUGAUAAACCUCUUGAUGUUGCUGUUUUAACUAGAAUGAAACAAUUCAGGGCAAUGAACAAACUCAAAAAAGUUGCUUUAAAGGUAAUUGCAGAAAAUUUAUCUGAAGAAGAAAUCAUAGGUUUGAAGGAGAUGUUCAAAUCUAUGGACACAGAUAAUAGUGGAACAAUCACCUUUGAGGAGUUGAAAGCUGGCCUUCCUAAACUCGGUACUAAGCUUUCUGAGCAUGAAGUGAGGCAAUUAAUGGAAGCGGCUGAUGUUGAUGGAAAUGGAGCCAUUGAUUACAUUGAGUUUAUAACAGCUACCAUGCAUAUGAAUAGAAUGGAAAGAGAAGACCACUUGUACACCGCUUUCCAAUACUUUGACAAGGACAAUAGCGGGUACAUUACAAUGGAAGAGCUAGAGCAGGCCCUUAAGAAGUAUAAUAUGGGUGAUGAAAAAACAAUAAAAGAAAUCAUUGCAGAAGUUGACACAGACAGGGAUGGAAGAAUUAACUAUGAUGAGUUUGUUGCCAUGAUGAGAAAAGGCAACCCAGAGUUGGCCAAUAACCGACGACGCAAGUAAGCUAAAUGCAGCCAGCUUGCAUAUCUGCUCAAAUUCACGUCUCCACUGGUUUGUUAAUGUAUACGAUUUUUGUUAUAAACCAAAAUCUCUUGUAAACUCGGUUUCACCACCUGGGAUAGAGAAACAGUUCUUAGUUGUUUAUCUAUACUGCGGGAGACUGUAAUAUUGUUGAGGUCCGGCAACUUAUUUUGUUGACUGCUGGAGUGCCAAAUCUAUUAAAACUUACUGAGAUGCGUUGCAGAUUUAGAAGAGAA